GACGAAUCGGAGCGAAGGGGUCCUAUUUUCGUCCACCUUCUUGACCAAUUUGCAGUAUUAAAUUCCAUGAUCGUAGCAACAGAGUUCCUCAGAUUUUCCCGCUUCUAUCUCUGCGAAUCCCUGUUUCUCCUCUCUAAUGGAUUCCAAAGACACCCAACUCCGAAUCUUCUUCUUCCCCUUCAUGGCGCAGGGCCACUCCAUCCCCGCCAUAGACAUGGCGAAACUAUUCGCUUCUCAUGGUGUCAAUGUCUCCAUCAUCACAACCCCUCUCAACGCUCCACGCCUAGCCAAAUCGAUCAACAACUCCGGUCAUCCAGGCCGCGAAAUCGAGCUUCUCAUCAUAAAUUUCCCCUCAGCGGCCGUCGGAUUGCCGGACGGUUGCGAGAGUCUCGAUUUGGCUAGGACACCGGAUAUGUUCCAGAGGUUUUUUAGGGCAACCACCAUGUUGGAGCCUGAAAUUGAUCGGAUUCUCGAACAGCAUCGCCCUCACUGCCUCGUUGCCGAUACAUUCUUUCCAUGGACGACCGACGUAGCUGCCAAAUACGGGAUUCUUAGGGUUGUGUUUCAUGGAACUUGCUUCUUUUCUCUGUGCGCGGCGGCGAGUAUUAUCGCGAAUCGCCCUUUCGAUAAGGUAUCCUCUGAUUUACAACCUUUUGUAAUCCCUAAUUUGCCUCAUGAAAUCAAAUUAACUCGUAGUCAAGUGCCGGGAUUCUUGAAAGAAGAGGUUGAAACGGAUUUCAUUAAGCUUUAUCGAGCGAGCAAAGAAGUUGAAUCCAGAUGUUAUGGAUUUCUCAUCAAUAGUUUCUAUGAGCUUGAGCCAGCGUAUGCUGAUUAUUACAGGAAUGUUAUGGGGAGAAAGGCUUGGCAUAUUGGCCCCCUUUCUCUGUACAGUAAUGUUAAGGAAGAUAAAGUACAGAGGGGAGAUUCUGUAUCCAUUGACGAACAUGAUUGCUUGAAAUGGCUGGAUUCGAAGAACCCUAAUUCGGUUCUUUACGUAAGUUUUGGAAGUCUUGCUAGUUUAACCAAUUCCCAGCUGCUGGAAAUUGCCAAGGGCCUUGAAGCUACAGGUCAAAGCUUCAUUUGGGUUGUGAAGAAGGAGAUUCAUGAUCAAGCAGAGUGGCUGCCAGAAGGAUUUGAGAAGAGAAUUGAAGGGAAAGGGCUGAUCAUAAGAGGCUGGGCACCACAGGUUCUGAUUCUCGAUCACCGGUCGAUCGGCGGGUUCGUGACUCACUGUGGUUGGAAUUCAGCUCUUGAAGGAGUGACUGCUGGGUUGCCAAUGGUCACAUGGCCAAAUUCUGCAGAACAAUUCUACAAUGAGAAGCUGAUAACUGAUGUUCUAAAGAUCGGAGUCGGCGUCGGUGCUAUGCAUUGGGGAAGAGCUGGGAAGGAUUUGAUAACGAGCGAGGCGAUCGAGAAGGCAGUGAACCGAGUUAUGGUGGGGGAAGAAGCUGAAGGAAUGAGAAGCAGAGCAGAAGCGCUUGGAAUUCAGGCAAGGGAAGCCAUUGAAGAGGGUGGAUCAUCUUUCUCUGAUUUGAAGGCCUUCUUUGAUGAUAUCAGGUCCCGGAUUUGAAUGGUUUGUUCAAGAAUGACCAGACAGAAAGGUACUGAAUUUUCUUAUCAUAUCACUAUCUUAUAACUCUAUGCUGUUUUAGUAAUUGGAGGAUUAGAUGAAUAAGUGGUGAUUCCUUAACCAGAAAUAUGUAUACAUAUGAAGAACACAAUGAGCAUUUGAGCAUGCUGAGCUUGGGCUUGAUACAACCAUAUAUAACACAAUAUAGAUCUUUGUCCAUACGCACUUAAAUUUGUGUCAA